GAAGCUUGCGUGCUUUUAAGCUUUUGGCCACGGACCCGCUCUGUGCUGAAGCACGGCAGCUAGCUGCAGCUGUUUUUAGCGCACGUUGCUAUUCAAGGUGAAAGAGUGGAGUGAAUGAAGAUUACAGACAAAAUAAAACUACAGGGGUGACCAUGAGAGGCUGGAGGGCACAGGCGAUCAUUUUGAGGCGUUUAGCGGUACUGACCUCCUCACCCCGAGACGCCUCGAGCCAGAGCUCCCGUGGGACGGGAGCAUGCCCGAGGACUCUGCCCGCUCGCCAGGUGUCUAGCUCUGUUUCCACGGCAGCGCUGGGCGCGCACUUGGCCCCCGCCCUCUGGAUUUCCGCGCAGGGCUGUUGUGCGCUCCUGGUGAGGUUCAAGAGCACCAAAGGCUCGACGAAGGGGGGCAAGAGGGGCAAGCAGGAGGGGCAGAAGGAGGAGGAAGAGGAGGAGGAAGACGACCCAGAGGCCAGUGACUACGAGGAUGAACUACAGGAUGACCCCGGCCUGCCCAAAGACUACAAAGACCAGGAGAGAUCUGUGCAGUCGUUUCGCUAUGACCUCAUCAUGAAGGCUGGCUUGGACAUGGCACGCAACAAAGUUGAAGACGCUUUCUACAGCAACAAACUGAGGUUGAACGGUCAGAAGCUGAUUAAGAAGAGCAAAACGGUGAAGGUGGGGGACACGCUGGACCUGGUCCUGUGGGAGAACAGGGAGACGGACACGGUCGCCCUGAUGAGGGUGGUGUUUAAGAAGGUCGCCGCGGUGACCAAGGACGAAGAGAAGUACAAGGUGGUGCUGAGGCGCUGGAAGCACCUGCAGCUGCCCACGCGGGAGGCCUUCCGGCCGUGAGAACCCGCUCGCGGGCGCCACUCCCUGCCCGGCCCCUGGCUGCAGGGUACGCCACUGGGGGGGCGGGGU